GGUCACAGGGUCGGGCCCGGAGGCAGUUUUAGCGGCCCGGGGGCGGGAGGCUCCCCAGGCGGGGCCUUCGUACCCGGCACCAGGGCCCUCGGCCUCAGCGCUGGCGCCAAGACCGGAGCCUCGGCGUCUGGCGUCGAUUACGACGAUCAGGCUGGGGCCGGUCUCGAUGUGCCGAACCGCAGACAUCCCGGCAGGAGCUCGCUCUCGCCGGCUAGCAGCGCCCACCAGGACGUCUCGUCGUACUCGUCCAAGCGAGAGAGGCCGGGUAGCCCCUCGCCGUCCGUGGCAGACGAGCCCCAGACCGAGCAAGAGCUUGCGGUGAGUUUAUCAAUUGCUUUUUUUUCUAUCGGAUGGUUAAGCCUUUUUUCAAACUGGAGCUUCGUUUGA